AUGGAGAGUGGAAACCUAUCAGCAGUGACUGAAUUUAUCUUCACUGGCUUUCCCCAGAUCCAGGAUGGUAGUCUCCUGUACUUUCCUUUACUUUUCAUCUAUACUUUUAUUGUCAUUGGGAAUCUAUUGAUCUUCUUUGCUGUAAGGCCGGACUCCCAUCUCCACAAUCCCAUGUAUAAGUUCAUCAGUAUCUUUUCUUUUGUGGAGAUUUGAUACACCACAGCCACCAUUCCCAAGAUGCUCUCCAACCUCAUUAGUGAAAAGAAGAUGAUCUCCAUGACUGGCUGCCUCUGGCAGAUGUAUUUCUUCCAUCCACUUGGGAAUUCAGAGGGGAUCUUGCUGAUCACCAUGGCUAUUGGAUAUGUUGCCAUCUGCAAUUCUCUUCGCUGUCAAAUGAUCAUGACCCCAUGGCUGUGCGUUCAGCUUUCUGCAGGCUCUUGCAUCUUUGGCUUCCUCAUCCUGCUUCCUGAGAUUGUAAUGAUUUCCACACUGCCUUUCUGUGGGCCCAACCAAAUCCAUCAGAUCUUCUGUGACUUGGUCCCUGUGCUGAGCCUGGCCUGUAAGGACACAUCCAUGAUCCUGAUUGAGGAUGUGAUCCAUGCUGUGGCCAUCAUCAUUACAGUCCUAAUCAUUGCUUUGUCCUAUAUAAAAAUCGUCACUGUAAUCCUGAGGAUUCCCUCUGUAGAGGGUUGGCAAAAGGCUUUUUCUACCUGUGCAGGCCAUUUCACAGUCUUCCUGAUAUUCUUUGGCAGUGUGUAUCUCAUGUACUUGUGUUUCAAUGCCACUUACCCACGGUUUUGGACAGCCUUUGCACUGAUGUUUACUGUCCUUGCCCUGUUCUUCAAUCCCAUCAUUUAUAGUCUGAGAAACAAGGACAUGAAGAAUGCGAUUAGGAAACUCUUCUGUCUUCAAAAAGAGUUGAACAUGUCUGGAGGUUAA